GUUUGACUGAGUAGUCUUCGAGUGCAAAAUAGCAUCUGAUCACACGUGUUGAACUGCUGUGGCAACGAUGUUAGUCCUAUGAAGGAAUUAUUUAUUAUAUUGUAAUAUUUAAAGCCAUGCCUGCGAAGCCGAGAGAAGUAUCAAGCAGUGACUCAGAAUCAGAUUCCGAAAGCCAACGAGCGCAAGAGAAACGCUCCCGAAAACGGCAGCAUACCAAGUACCAUUGCCCAGCAGAUUUUACCGUCUGCGACUUCAGGCCAUGUACCAGUACAAGCUUGGAGAGUGUGAAUGACGGAAACAAAGAAUUAUGGCUCAUCAAAGCGCCCCUGACUUUCAAUCCAGACAGUUUCUCUGGUGUCCGGUUUCCCACUAUGGGCUUGGAGACCGUCCAACCGCACACCAGACAGCAACAGGUCUACAGCUUACUCAGCAGACCCAUCGCCCCGGGCAACGCGUGCCUCCUGACGACCGCCGGCCGUCGGCCCGGCGACGCGUUCUGCGCCCCCGCCUUCUCCGGCGUCGUCAACAUCUCCGAGAGCUACGGGGACUGCCGGGGUAACCAGGCCCCCGUGCCGAUCCCCGCCUGUCCGGCCCCCGUCAUCCCCGGGGGGCUCAGACAGAGGUUCCAGCCGUUCGGCAGCAGGACCACGUACGUACGAGGGCAUGAGGAGGAGGAGGACUCCGCCGAUGGCCCCACGCCGGCCAAGCGCGUAAAAACGCACCCGGAGCAGGGUGAAACACCAAAGAAGAAGAAGAAAAAGAAGAAAGACAAACGCAUUAAGGAGGAGGAGGAGGAGGAGGGGAUGGCGGUGGAGGAGGAGGUUUCAGUGACGGCAAGCCGCGGGCUGACAGAGACCCCGGGGGAGGAAGCGGUGGAGAAGAAGAAGAAGAAGAAGAAGGAGAAGAGUAAGGAUCGAGACCGAGGAGAGGCGGAUGAGCGCAGGAGAGGAGCUGAGGCGGGUCUGAGUCUGAAAGAGGAAGUGGUGGUGAAAGCCGAGCCGGUGGACCUCGCUUACGGCGACGGGGAGGACUGGGCGAAAAAGAGAAAGGUGAAGAAAGAGAAGAGGCGACCGCAGGACUAGCACACCUCGUGUUCACGGGUACCUGCUUCUACCAGGCUGAGGCUCGAGUAGAGCAAGGCCAAGACUUCUUCAGUGAUGCUACAGAAUUACGUCUGCAAAUACAGUAACUGUUCAGGAUUCACUGCUUAGCUGUGGAUUAUUCAGCGGUUUUUAUAUAAACCUAAAGGAAAGCUAUACUGGGAUUAAAAUGUAUACCCUAAAUGGUAAAUUUAAGAGUAUCAUUUUGCAUUUUUUAUGAUUUGCCUUUAAAAACGCUGCGGCCUUUGUGUAUAAACACGAUGGAGCGAUGCACCAUGGGAUUGUUGUCAUGGCGGCUCCUAAUAAUAGGGGAAACGUAUGACCAUAUCACAACGAGACAUCCAGAAGAAUGCUUUCAAUAAAAUUUUGUGAGCAAAAAUAAAAUGUAUACACAGUC